AUGUAUGCGAACUAUCUAAAAGUUUUGGGCUCAGGAUUAGAAGAGAAGGAUUUUUAUCGAGCAAUUUUGGACAAUGUUCCUGAAGUUUUUAAAGCGGAAAUUGUUAGAGAUGCGUUGGAAAAACCUGAAGGUAUGAUAAUGGAUUCAGAAUAUCUGUUGAGUAUAGUAGAGCGAUGUUGUGCGGAAAGAGAGGAGUUGGAACCUAUUUUAUUAUCUGUGGAUAAAUUGAUGUCUUUGAGGUUUAAGGAGGGUCAAAAUGCAUAUACAAAUUUGUUAAGUGAAAUUUCGUUUGAAAAAAAAGAAAUUAUAAAAAUUGAUCAGCAGGAACUGGUGGAAAAUAAUGAGAAAAAAGUGGUUAAGAAAAAAAAGGUAUCCAGUAAAGGAUUGUUUAUAGAAAAGCAAGCUUGUUGUGUUGAAGCUCAUAUAGUGGGGAUUGGUAAAAAGGAAUGCUAUUUGGAUUCUGGAGCUGGAGCUAAUUCAAUUGGUUUGAAGAAUGUACCUAAGAAAAUUGUGGAAGAGUUAAGGAGGGAUGAUAUUGUGAUUUUUAAAGAUUCUCAUGGAGAGAAAGUAACCAGUUUGGGAUAUUUUACAACGCACAUAGUAUUUGAGAAUUUGAAGGAUAGAGAGUUUGUAAUAAAAAUGCAUAUAAAUUUGGAAAGUUCAGAUGUUUUAAUUGGGUUUCCAUUUUUAAGAGAGCAUAAUAUUAAUAUUUUGGAUAUUGCUAAGACUCCAAGAAAAGAAAAGGCUGGAGAGGAAAAAAUGGUUAAAGGAAUUAAAUUUAAAAUGAAUUUAUCAAAAGUGGAGCAAUUUUUGUUGGAAAAAAAUUUAGAAGAUUUAACAGAUGAAAUGGAGAGAGAGAAUUUUUUGUCAGUGGAAGUUAAUCUGGUAGAUUUUAAACCUAGAAUUAUGAGAGAAACAAGGGUCCCGGAGGAUAUAAGAGAUGAAGUAAAAGAAAUAUUUGAGGAAUAUUGUGAAAAAAGUUUUUGGGAGAAAGUUCAGAACAAAUCGAAGAUAAGCAAUACAAAAAAACGUAGUGUUUGA